CGCACCAGCACCGCACCCCCAGCAUUCAAUCCUACUCCACUUCUCACCAAAGUUGCCAGGGCCCAAACCCGAAAGCGAGCUGCCUUCCAAGCUUCACCUCCCCUCAACAAAGCCAAGCCAAAGCCAAAGCCAAGAACACCAGCGCUUCCCCCUCCCCCACCCCCAGAUCCCAACCGCCCAGCAGAUUCCCCUCCCCAAGCCGCGCCAGAUCGGAUCGCCCCGCGCACGAAUCUCCAUUGCAUCUUGCGAUGCUGGCGGCGGCAAUCUAGCCGGCAAGCAGCAGCAAGAUCGAUCGAGCUGAGUCUGGGGCGAGACGACGAGGAGCAGGAUGAUGAAGCCGCAGCACGGCGCGGCCGGCGGCGGCGGGCACGGGCGGCGGACGCCGUUCCUGACCUCGUACGCGCUCACGCUCGCCUUCAUCACCUUCGUCUCCCUGCUCUACUUCAAGGACUUCACCUCCACGCUCCACCAGCCCUUCCUCCACCACCCGCCGCCCCGCCACCGCCCCAGGCCCCACCACCCCAGGCCCCAUCCCCAUGUCCCCGUGGGCGGCAAGGUCGGACCGGUGGUGGCUGAGAAGAAGGCCGCCGCCGCCGCCGCGGAGGAUGAGGAGAAGGUGCCGGGCUCCCGCUCGGCGGCGGCGGCGGUGCUGUCGCUGCCGUUUGCGGUGGGGCGUGCGGCGGCGGGCUGCGACGUGGCCCGCGGCGAGUGGGUGUACGACGAGGCGGCGCGGCCGCUGUACCAGGAGGAGGAGUGCCCCUACAUCCAGCCGCAGCUGACCUGCAAUGCGCACGGCCGCCCCGACACCGCCUACCGCCACUGGCGGUGGCAGCCCCGCGGCUGCUCGCUCCCAAGCUUCAAUGCGACUCUGAUGCUGGAGAUGCUGCGGGGCAAGCGCAUGCUGUUUGUUGGCGAUUCGCUCAACCGCGGGCAGUACGUGUCGUUGGUCUGCCUCCUGCACCGGGCCAUUCCUGAGAGUGCCAAGUCCAUGGAAACAUUUGACUCGCUCACAGUUUUCAGAGCAAAGGACUACAAUGCCACGAUUGAGUUCUAUUGGGCCCCCUUUCUAGCUGAAUCAAAUUCCGACGAUGCUGUUGUUCACCGUGUCACGGAUAGAAUAGUAAGGGGCACAGCCAUUGAAAAGCACGCCAAGUUUUGGAAAGGAGCUGACGUUGUGGUAUUCAAUACCUACCUGUGGUGGAUGACCGGACAAAAGAUGAAAAUUCUGCAAAAUUCCUUUGAAGAUAAGAACAAGGACAUCAAAGAAAUGGAAACAGAGGAUGCAUAUGGGAUGGUCCUGAAUGCCGUGGCGAAAUGGGUCGAGAACAACAUGGACCCAAAAAGUUCAAGGGCGUUUUUUGUCACUAUGUCACCUACUCAUACCCAGAGCAAAGAUUGGGGCGACAAGUCUGAUGGAAACUGCUACAACCAAACUACCCCAAUCAAAGAUUUGUCUUACUGGGGACCAGGCACUAGCAAGGGCCUGAUGCGGGUUAUCGGCGAAGUGUUCAGUGCUUCUAAGGUCCCCGUUGGGGUCGUCAACAUCACCCAGCUCUCCGAGUACCGCAAAGACGCGCACACCCAGAUAUACAAGAAGCAGUGGAACCCGCUGACCCCGGAGCAGAUCGCCAACCCAAAGAGCUACGCCGACUGCACCCAUUGGUGCCUCCCGGGACUCCAGGACACCUGGAACGAGCUGCUCUACGCGAAGCUCUUCUUCCCUUGAGCGAAGGAAGAACAUUUGGAUGGAGAGUUGACGCGCGGAUCCAGCACACAAGUGCUGAUCAUCACCUCUUUGACUGAAAGAGGCACACAAACACCUCGCGCAAGUUCCUGGGAGUAUAGUAUAUAUCAUCUGAGGAGGGUCUGAUCUGCCGGAGAAGGGUUAGUGUAGCUAACAUCGUACAGGUUGCAACAUUCUGAAGAGAGUGAAGAAUAUAUACACGCCGCAACGCACGCGCGGUGCACGAGCCUAGUUGUGGUCUUCUGUUGAAAAGGCCAAUUGUGCGGAUGCUGUUAUCACAUUCCUCUUCCUCUCAUGAGGCCUCUGAGUGGCAUGAUGUCUACGCAUGAUUGAUUCUUUCAUUGAACAUGAAUGCCAAAUUGCUCAAAGUGAUCACCUAUAUGCAUAGGUAGGUUUUUUUGUGGCUGA